CGAGAAACACCUGCAUAAUGGGUUGUCUGCGAAGUGAAAACUGUUAAUCAAUUCAUCAUUUGACAUUAAUUUGGAGUACAGUGCAGUGUUCUCAAAAAAAUGCCAGCAAAGAUUAAAGUACGGAUUGUGGCUGCUCGAGAUCUCCCUGUCAUGGAUCGCUCAAGUGACUUGGCGGAUGCUUUUGCAGAGGUCAGAAAUUUAUUAACAUUGAGGUUUAUGUUGUUUUGUUACUAUUAAUUUUUUAUGCUGCCAUUGACCAUGACGGGGUCCAACCACAAAGCUCUUGCUACUUUGGUCACCGUUCACAUAUGAAUUUUAUUUCUUUACGGCCUAAUGUCUCUUAAUAUUUUACUAUUUUCAUUACUUUGCAAUAUAAAAUGUGUGUAAUGUACCAGUCAAUUCGAAACUCCCCAGGCAUUUGAAUUUUUGAAAAUUUUUUGUUCAAAUUCCUCCCUCACCGGGCCGAAAAGCUGUUCAAAUGCCCCCACCCCCAAGAAAAAUUACCAGAUUACUGUUUUAACUUUCCAGUAGCUUCUAUUAUGCUUCUGAAGCUGUGCAUGUGAACAUGGUUUAUUUGACAUAUUUAUAUACUAUAAAUAUAAAUCGUUCUUAACCCUGUUUGCGCCAGCUUUUUAGAGGGGGGUGGCCUACAAAUGCCAGAGCAAAUUAUUUUCUCUCACUUAACGCUACUCUGAAAACACACAUGAAAUAAAUGUUGAAUUCUACCUUUAUGUUUGCAUCCUAGCCAUCCACAACAGACAAACUCUUGAAAAGCGAAGGUUAACCUUGUUCCAUAAUCCAAAAUAAACGAUGGGAAGCAAAAUAUUUAAUACCCAUUUAGAUUUAAUUGCCGCGCUCACGAUCCAUGGAAGUGUCGAAGUUACUCGAAAACGCGGCAUGAUAAACAGUGGAUUUUGUCCUUUAUCGACAUGCCGAAGGAAAUUUAUCAAUUAUCGAGAGAUGUUAAUGUCCUGAUAAUUUCAUUUCCAAGAUUUUUUUGUCUUGUUUUGUCCUGAGGGCGCGUAACAUUGCGAGAAAAGAACCGCAUAACAAAAUGGCCGCCAUAUUUUGGUCUUCUUUGCAAAUGGAGACGCUCAAACGCGGGCGAUACUCGGCUUUACGACUAUAAACACGAAGGCUUGGCGAAGAUAACAAAGUAAAACAGUUGAAUAGUACAGCAGUUUCUAUUGGCUCAAUCUGUUAGCUAUGCCUUAGCAACCAGUCAAAUUGCUCAUUACAUAUUUGGGCCGAUUUUAUCGGCCCUGGCACUUAUAGGAGUGUACUCAAAGGCCGAUCACAUCGGCCCGCGGCACUAAUAGGGUUAAACACCUCCAAAUAUGAAACACAGCUUGUGUAGGCCUUUAGUUUUAAACCAAUCCACCACAAAUACGCAAUAUUUUCCUUUGAUUCAUCAAAGUUUGUCUCCCCCAUCUCCGCCAUGAUUUAUCAACCCAUGUGCAAUCAGGGUGACUCAUAACAUGAAAUCGAGGCUAACAAUCAAAUUCCCCACCCCCUAUGAGUGGUGAUCAAAAUGCCCUCCCUCCCGAACAGGAAAAGGCAUCAAAUGCCCAGGAUAUGCCCGGGGUGGGGAUGCUGUUCAAAGCUUCGAUUUGACAGGUACAUAAAUGCCCUUUAUAGUGUAAAUAAAGAAUUGAGCUGUUGGAAACAUAACAAGAGCUUAUGAAAUGACUUCAGCAUGUCUGGCACUCCAAGUGUAUGCAUUAUUGGACAGGAUCUAGAUGUGCAUCAUAAAGGAAUGAAUUUUUGCUGCCUUAUGUCAUGGUUUGUUGUGAUAACCGAUUUUCAGGAUACAAUCUUGUAUUUAUAAGCUUUUAUUACUGUCAUGUUAAUUGUAACUAUAACAAAAUUCUCGAAUCUAAUUGGUCAUCAACUGCCCUGAUUAAGGCAUUAAUUGGACAGUUGCACACGUCAUGCACUUGCAAUUGGACAGUUGUACGCGUCAUGCUUGAGUAAUUGGUCAUCAAGCGCGUGCUAGUUGCACUUUAAUGGGUUUUUUUUUACAGCAUCUAGUUUAGAAGUUGAAUAUAUUAACCUGUCAAAUAGUUUAUACUACAGUUAUAUUCUUCUCUAAUUUUGUUAUAGGUACGAUUAAUUGGUAAUAGGACUUUGCGUCGUACAAUUCAGAGAGUAAUCGUGCUGUUAAUUUCAAAUCAGCCUCACGCUGCACACUCGGCCGAUUUUGAAAUUACUCGCCUGAUUACUCCCUGAAUUGUACUCCACUCAGUCCUAUUACCAUUAUAUAUUAUGUGAUUCUUAAAGCCUGUAUAAAUUAUUUGAUGUUAGUUUUUGCUCCUUGCAACUCUGCUAUUCAUGUGAUAUAUAUUUAAAGAUGAUUUCCAGUCUGUACUGCACACUCAAGAGUUUUUUUACAUUUUUUGUUUUGUUUCAUGCUAGACAUCACAAAAUAUAACAUUUUUAAUACAACUACCUACAUGAAGUAAAUUCAAAGUUUCAUGUUCAUUCUCCCUUGUUAUGGAUGGAAACUUUUUUGCUUCGUUCUUUCUUUAUCACUUGCUGAAAAUCAAUUACAACUUAUCAACUGUAAAAUCAUUGGAGCUGUUGGGAAAAGAAUUUGAAAUGCGUUAAAGAUAAGGUAUGUGGUUCGUAACAAAUAAGAUUGAUUUGCAUUCCAUCGCGUGAGACACAAACAUUGGGGCGCUGAGACUGUGCAGUACAGACUGAAAAUCAUCUUUAAAGGGGCAGUGUCACGAGAAUUUUGCUGUUUUAGGUCAAUUCUGCGCUAAAAUCAUUACUUUGAGGCUUUAAUCAUAAAAAAAAGGCUUCUGUAAAGCUACGACGAAGAUAUCAAAUGAAUUUUCUCAGAGAGGGCUAACCAUAAUAAAUUUAUUGAGGAUUUUUUGAAGACGUAGCAUCAAAACUUGAAAAAAUCGGCGAAUUUUUUCAAGUUUCAAUCCAGUUCCAUCCUUACCAUCCGUAGCGACAGGGGACAGGAAACAGUUUCAGUACCUUCAAAUAGUCUUUAAUAACAAAACUAGACCAUUAUUUUUGGAAUUCAACUGAUGCGAAGACACCUAGCUUUUUAUAAAGUUGCCAAAUAGCGUGACACUGCCCCUUUAAUUUCCUGCUAGUUUUUUUUAAUCUGCUCAAUGGUUUUGUCAGGUUCGACUUGGUAAUAUAUUGUACAAGACAGAUGUGUGCAAGAAAUCUCUUAAUCCUUUUUGGAACUCUGAAUGGUUCAGAUUUGAGAUACAAAUGAAUUAAUUUAAUAUAUAACCUUCUCAAACUCAUUAAUUACUCAUGAAGUUUAAACAAAGGAGACCAUAACUAUAUAAAUUUAGUAGAAUUCCUGUUGUUUUGUAUUUAAAUACAAAUGCUGUAAUCUGAUUGUCUGAGUCACUGCACACUAUCAGCCAUUAGUGUGCAAUUGGCUUGGCGUGGUUGACAAAAUAUCAACGUUUCCUCAUUCUCCAGAGUUUUGAAAGAACAUUUAGAAACAAAUGGAUUAUCAAAUUCCCAAAGAGAUUAAAAGGAGGGGAUGUACGGUUUUGAGAAUAGGCCAUUUCCGAGUUCUCAACUUGUGCCUCUAUUUCAAAAUGAGUCUAAGUGUGAAACCAUUCAUAUGAAAAUGAGUUCUGCAUGCAGUUUCAUUUUCAUGCAAAUCAAAGUCACUUUCAUUAGAAAAGUUUCGCACUUAGACUUGUUUUGAAACAGAGCCACAAGGGAACUUGGAAAUGGCCUAUUCAAAUUUAAGCUUGAAUUUUUUUAAGCAAACUGAUAAGUGCGUGCACAUAUGCACAUCUGCAAUUGUCAAAUUGACAUUUCUCUAAAGUUAAUUCUCUAAAACGUGAAAUUUAAUACAGUCCGAAGACAAGAAAUAACUGAAAUCAUUAUUUGAAGGAAAUUUAAUUUUUGAGAAUUCUACUAAUUAUAUUAACGAUUAGAUUCUGAGCUCAAGAUUUCUAUGAGGUGUAGUUGAUGAGGCCAAAGGUUUUUAUUAACUAUCACCUAAAAGAAAUCGAAAGCAUAUAAUCUAUUGUAAUUUUUUUUAGUAGAAUUUUUUUAUCUGACCUUCAGCCUUAUCAACUACUUGUAACUCAUAGAAAUCUUGAGCUCAUAAUCUAAUUGCAUAUCAUAAUUAUGCAUCAUAAUUAUCAUAAUUGCAUGUGGCUUUAUUUCUUUACCAGGCUGAUGAUGAGGAGCUUCAAGAUGAACCACUACAGAUCAGGUAAAGUUCCGCAAACUGUCACAAAUCCUACAUCAUUCAGUGAUGAAUGGAGUUUUAUAAUCAAUCAUUACAUUUUUAAAAUUUGAUUCACCUUUGGCUAAAAAUUAUGAAUUAGAAAUUCAUAUUUCAGGUUAUUCUGAGAUUUUUUCUUUUGUGUGAUCAAUAAUAGAAUCAUGGACCAUGACACUGUCACAGCCCAUGAUGCGAUUGGAAAGGUAAGAUGUUGGAAAAACAAACAUUGCAGUUUUGUGGCAUUUCAUGAAUAAUUUGCUUUGAUCCAAUCAGCAUGCAGAAAUGAAGUUAUCAAUACAUAGGAUAUGACAGCCUGUGUAUGACAACAGUCAUAGAGUUACAAAGAUACGACUGAUCAUCACAAUAAUUAUUGUGCACACAACCUAAUUAACCAGUUGUGAAAUAUAGCCUGAAAAAAAAUGGAACAGGAUUCAAACUCAUGACCUCUGUUGAUAGCUCAGUUAAUAAGAAGAAUACUACACUGGCACCAUGGGUUCGAAUCUGGACAAUAAUCAUUAUGAUAAUUUAACAUUUCAUGAAGACAUUUUAUUAUAUACUAUAGGUCUGCAAUAUGUGCAAAGAGCUUCUUAAUAAUGCUGUCUAGGUGAUUUUGUAAUAAUUAUUUAAUAAUAAUUUUCAUGUGGCUUGUGUUUGUAACUGAUCUAAAACAUGCUCUGAUAAGCUAAUUCUAAGGAAUUAUUCUCCUCUAAUGCCCAUGGACAGAAUACAAGCCUGCCAAAAGCAAAGCAAAAAGCCAACAAUUGAAAAUAAACAAUAAACAAUUUAUUAACUUUGAACAUUUGAUAUUUACAGGAAAAUCUCAAACUUCAGCCUUUCCUUUCUGCAAGUUCUUGGUUUGAGAUGUUAAUAACUAGUUAUUAUUUCCUAGGUAAAUAUUUAUUUAUUUAGUUUAGGUCCUCUACUGACUCAAGAUCCUCCUGGAAGUAUUGAUGGAUGGUUUCCAAUAUAUGACACAAUGCAUGGUAUGUUGAAAACUUAAUUAUUAACAACUGUGCAGUCUUGCGGGUAUGGGUGUUGAUAACCUGUUAUUGAAAUUUCAUAUGAAGGGUCAUCAUUACUUGUAAGAUACAUGCCCAGCUGUGCCUGACAUCAGCAUCUUACGAAUAAUGACGACCCUUUGUAUAAAAUUUCAGUAAGAGGUUAUCAACACCGUCCAUGACUCUCACGUAAAGAGUUUGGAAUAAAACAAGUUUCAAGACUGUGUAAAAUUGGCUUACCCAACUCAUUAUAUGUGUUCAUGUCAGGCUUUUAGCCAGGAAGUGGUAUCCAAAAAUAAAAAUGUGCUAUAAUGGGACCUGAUCAAAUGAGCAGUUUUUAAGACAAACAUGAAAAAUAAAGCAAUUUUCUUUAAUCAAUAAGUGGCUGUCCACCAGAUGCCUUGACACCCAUCUGGAUAAAACCAUGGUUCCUGUUAAAAGUGUAUUUUAGGCCAUAGUGGUUUCACAUAGUAGGUUAGUUUGACAAUGUUUGUCUGUUUCUCUUCACUUGUGGGGGAUGUUUAUUAUGUUGUGCACACCACCCAAGCUUUUAUUAAACAGUUUUGCAAGUUUUCAUCAUUUGUUUUGCAACUGAAAUAUUAUGUAUAGUCAACCAAUUUUUUCAUUCUUAUUGCAGGUAUUCGUGGUGAAGUCAAGGUCACUGUUAAAGUGGACUUUUUUGUUGAUUCAAACAAGUUUAGGCAGAGUUCAUGUGGUGUGCAGUUCUUCUACAGUGAGUCAGAAUAAUCUGCAGUAGCUGGAAAUAAUCCUAUUUAAUAUGUUUUUAGACACAGUUUGAUGGCAAUAUAGUAAAUUCUGAAAGAUUCUAAUCUGUUUACUGUAUUGUAUGUUUAAUCAUUUUCAACUUCUUGGUAACAACUGAAAUAUGAUUGUGAUACAGUGGAACCCGCCUUAUGGCCAACCCAUAUGUCCACAGGUCUCAUUAUUAGGACCACUUCAUUGUUGCCCAAACCAAAGUUUGGACAGUCAUUUUCUUAUUUAAAGGACCCCUUUUAUACAGCCACCUUGUUAAUACAGCCAGAAUUUUGUGGCCCGCUGGUAACUGGAUUAUCAAGGUAACACUGUAUCUUUCUAUUUCAGCUUGUUCUGUCCCAUUUGGUCAUAAAGCCGUUGUUAUUCAUGGCUUUGUAGAGGAGCUGGUUGUAAAUGAUGAUCCAGAAUACCAGUGGAUUGACAAGAUUAGAACACCAAGGUCUUCAAACGAAGCACGCCAGAGACUCUUUACCAAACUUUCAGGUUCUUGACAACUUAACCAUAUUUUGUUUCUCCUCCAACAUGACUGUAAUGUCACUGUUAAUUUGAAGCCUGGGAUCAUGCGGAUUACUUUCCAUAUUAAAUUUAUUAAUAAUUAAUGGAUAGAGAAAGGCAUCGUGAAAUAAGUAAGAAUGUCAAAAGUUUGGGCACAGCCAUCUAGCAGUGAAGGUGUUGUUAGUAGUAUGGUCUGUUCCAGAAUCUACCUUCCCCCACCCCCACCAAAGAUGGCCGCCAAUAAAACUUCGAGAAAAAAUAACGUCACACUGCCCCUUAACCCUGUUAAACCCCUUGAGGAGGUAAACCCUAGCCCCACAGUCGCCCCAAAUGCAAUGGAUGCCCGUGCACACGUCUGCUGACCAAUAACCCUAAGCGCACCGCAUAACCCUAAGCUGGUGCCGACGAAUAAGCUUAACUAAGCCCAACUAAGCCUUACCCCGCAGCGCACGUUGGUUGGCUUGACCUUAGGCUGCGCCCGCGGACUGCCCUUAAAUCCCAACCCUAAAAACGGUGGUGGGCGGGCCGCUGCCGCCGCCGCCUUCUCUUUCCAAGAUUCAUGGUGAGACGCCCGUGUGUGACCUUUGCGUCAAGACAUUUGCUAGCCAGGAAACGCUGAAGAGGCAUCAACAGACCUUUCAUCGUCAGCCCAACUAUAAGCCACACAUAACCCUAGCUCCUCCCCCUUUUUUUUCUCGGCGCGCACGCACUUGGCUGACCUUCACUGCGCUUGCGUUGGCUUGACCUUGGCUGCGCGUGCGCUCACUGCCCUUAAAAAAAUCCAACCCUAAAAACUGGGCAGUUAAAACAACCCUAAACCUGGGCGGUGCCUCUUAAAGCCCAAACUCCUGUGGGCUGCGCGUGCCUGGGCUUGACCUUUGCCCGCCUGCUGACCUUGGGCGCAUGCGUUGUUGCGCCCAAUUUUUUUUUUGUGGGGGGGGGGGGGAGGAGCACUAAAAAAAAUCAAUUGGAGAGACCAUAUCUUUCAUGCCUUUUUUAAUUAUUGUUUACAUCGCAAUGACAAUGGGAUAAUUAACAAAAAGGGCUUUUAUGAAUAACGGCAGUGGAAAUCACAAUACUUGCCAAAAAAGGUGAUGGGAUCUUUGAUGCCGUGAAAAUGGAUCCCUUCUUUUAAAAUGACAAGGGUGUUUGGCCUUGGUGGGCCUACAAAGAGAAAAUGACACGACUGAUCGCUCGGCUUGACUUCCACCAUCAAGAGUUGACUGUCGUUCAAUGCGUGUUGCAGUUCCAUCAGGUCGAAAAUGCUCCAGGCGUCGGAAGAUAGAUGAUGUGACCUAAAGCGGUUUCUAGAAAUGGGCCAUGGCGUAAUUUGAAUGGAGAGGAUGGCGCAUCGGAGUGGGCUCAACAUGUCCCAUCCUCGGAGACCCAGGGGCAGUCAGUCGGGUCGAGAGAAUAGGCGGGACGAAAGUUUUCAAGUACGGGCGAAAGAGCCCCUGGGUACCGACUCUUACCGAACCAUUUCCAAAAAUUCAAACGGAUGCCGGCUCCUGAUUGGGCACAAAAAAACCUUUGUAUUAUUGUGCCCAAUCAGCGAACAGCAUCUCCUGAGUUCUUUUCAUGUGUUCGUACACGACGGCUAUUAUCUCGCCAUACUUGUCUGGUUCGUUCACCAAGGUUUCGCGAGGGAAUCUUUCACUUUUCUGCUUCCCCAAACAGAAACGAAGGAACUAUCGAUGACUCGGAAAAACGUUUGGGAUGACUAUUCCCAUUUGCACCAAGAAAAUUCUGCUUCUGACCGAUCACAAGGUAUCGUAAAUAACGUAAAUAGAAGGCGUGAUCGAUGAAAGCUUGAAUUGAAUACGUCUUGAAAGCUCAAGCUUUAAAAUACCCUCACAUGCGUUUCCAUGUGUUAGUUUUCGGGAAGACAGUAUUUUCAAAUGGACGGGGAUGUUCUGUAACUGAAAGUUUCCUGAUUGCGUGCAUUUCUUUGGUGAACGAGCCAGACAAGUAUGCACGCGGGCAUGCAUUCCCACAGGUAAAGUAGGAAGGCUUUCUAAAUUACCCGCGUUAAGUAGGUUACGCUACGCACGUGUGACUUAUGGAGAAUCAUGGCUGCCAUUAUUCCAACAAGGAAAGAUAUUAGAGAAGCUAUCUCUGAAGGUCUUAAGUCUUUUCCAGACGUCGAGGAACUGAAGCCUGAGGAGGUUUUAAUCGUUGAGAAUGUUGUCCUUAAAAAGGACGUGUUUGCAGCUUUGCCCACCGGAUUCGGUAAAAGCCUGACUUUUCAGAUCUUACCUAGCGUUUGUAAAGCUUUAUUUUGCCGGGGAUUUGACAUGCCUUCAUUGCCAGUGGUAAUUGUGGUUUCCCCUUUAAGCUCAAUCGUGAAAGACCAGGUUACAUACUUGAGGUCACACGGCUUUGAAGCUGCCUUCAUUGGAGAAAGUGCUAAACAAGAUAAUGAUAUUUUUGAGGGCAAGAUUAAAUGUCACUUUUUAUAUGGAAGUCCAGAGUCAUUUGUUGGGGACAUAAAGUUCCGGGAAAUGUUUUCACAGCAGCAUUACAGGCAGAAUGUUGUGGCCGUUGUCUGUGACGAAGUUCACACUGUGGUACACUGGUAAGAAACUUUAAGCUUUAUUUGUUUCCUUUUUAUUCUUGAAAUCUGCUUAAUGCAAUAAUUAGUAUUGCAUUAAAUUGAGUUAAAUAAUGUUUUUUAGCCGUAAACUGAUGUCAAAAAUUUCUGUUAUUACUAACUCACUGUAAAGAGGAAGCAUUCUCUCAUGAGUGACAUGACAGAUGUACAGUAUAGGUGUUAGUCUUCUCUAGUAGGAAAGGUACAGUUUCCUAUAUUUGCAGAAACUAAUUGCAUUGCAUGUGCUUAAUGUAAGCUCUUAGGUGGUCAAAACGUGAUAGUAUAUACAAUACAUUGUAUACUGGAAGCAAUGUUACCUCCACUGUAAUAUUGUCUCUGUGAUGUUUUCCUACCCACUAACUCACAACCAUGGCCAGUUUCUUUUGAAUCAUUCUCCUUUAAUAUAUCCUUUCUGAAGAUAUAUGGACAGUCAUAGUUAAACCCCUAUCAGGAAUUGCUAAAUACUAUGUUGCAGUUGUAUACUGUUUCCGCAUUUCUUACACAAAAUUAUGUACAUUUUCAUGCCUAAUAGUGUUCUUGGAAUUGUUCAAUAUCUUAUGAUUAUACAGUCAUUCUAAAAUAUUUAUACAAUAACAAGAGCAUUAUUAUAAUUUUUGCUGCUUGCAUGGUAGAUAAGUAAGAUAUAUUAUUUAUGUAGAACAUCGCUCUUUAGCUACAAAUCACUUGUCUGGUCUCUCUAGGGGUGAGAAAAAGGAUGGAAAGGAGCCAUUCAGAAAGUGAUGUGGUCUUGUUGGUGAGAUCAGGUCUUUUUUGCCAAAGCAAGUCCCGUUUUUAGCACUUACAGCCACUGCUUCACCCUUGACCAGAGAUAAAAUCAUUAAAAGUUUGAGUUUAAAGAAAUGUCUGGAAAUAUCAGUUAGUCCAAACAGAGAGAACAUCAAGCUGUUUGUUUUGAAGGUUACCAGUGAAAUUUCUGUAAACUUUACAUGGCUUGCCAGGGAGUUAAACGAAAAGAACAUUGCAUGUCUGCGGACAUUAAUAUAUGUCCGAGACUAUAAAACAUGUGGUGAGCUCUACCAAUUUUUCAUGAGCAGUUUGCUUGACAAGGCGUACUACCCAUAUGGUGCUGAAAAGAAGUGUACAAACAGAAUGGUGGCAAUGUAUCACAGUGGCACUUCACCUUCCAUCCAGGAUCACGUAUUACAAUCACUCAAGGAUCCAAUUGGUAAGGUGCGGUGUGAUUGCAACAAAUGCCCUUGGAAUGGGGGUAGACAUAAAGGGUUUACACCAUGUUAUAAACUAUGGUCCUCCCCCAGACCUAGAAUCAUAUGUUCAAGAAAUGGGAAGAGCUGGUAGAGAUGGUGCAUAUUCAGAGGCAGCAUUACUCUUUCAUGGAAGACAACUUCGCAAGUGUAAACCAGAGAUGCUAGAAUACACAAAGUCAAAGUCCUGCAGAAGAAGGCAAAUUCUUGAUUUUUUUAAAGUUACAAGUCAAGAAAGAAGAAUAGAGAAGAAACAUUUAUGCUGUGAUGUCUGUGCUCAAGAUUGUGCUUGUGGACAAGACUGUCCACAAAAUGUGGGAACUAUGGUCUCCAAAAUGACUCUUCCAGCAGCUGAUGAUGCUCCAAGGGGCAGAAGUGUAAGUGAAAGUGAUAGAAGAGCCCUAAAGGGUCUAUUAGAGGAGUGUCAGGAAAGCAUGCGUCAGGCAGUGUUACAAUCAAGUCAGCAUUGUUUUUAUUCAAACAUUGACCAAAUCACUGGCUUUACUGACCGCAUAAUUGAAGAUACAACCUCAAAGUGUGAUUUUUUGUUUAGUGUUGAUGAUAUUAUUGAACAAAUUCCAGUUUUAAGUGUACAGCAUGCAUUCAAAGUGUAUGAUUGUCUUUGUGAGGUGUUUACAGACCUACAACAAGAAAGUCUGGAGCAGUAGUUAAUAUAUAAUCUCACUUGUCAGGACUUUCAGUAUCAAUGCCUUUCAUCCACGUAUGCUGUGUAUUUUGAUAAUAACAGUAUAUUUUGCAAAGAAUAAUUACUUUUCUAAGGCUAUGAUAUUUCAAUACCUACAGCUGGACUUGGCUUUGAUAUGGCCUCCUCUAAAAGAAUUUGAUGAGAUGUGAAAUGGGUUUUUCUGUGGGACAUGAAGCUGUUCUCUUAAUAUAAAAAUUCAGUUUUUUAAAAAAAAAAUUCUUUGUACCAUUUGUUCUUGUUUUGAAUGAAAGAUUGUGAAAGAUGGGUCCCUGUUGUUGGCCAGUAGGGACAGAGACUGAUAGAAGUCAGUGACUGAUUUGACUUGCAAGGUUUAAGUGAUGCAAAAUAGCUCUUACUGUUUUAAAAGAUCACUUUCCUGCAUUAAUGCUAGAAACUAGCUUUUUCAUUUGUCCCUACAAAGUCAAUUAAUAAUUGUUUCCUUCUCACAGAUUUUGAAGAAAUUUGACUAGGAGAGUCAAUAGCCACUAUUAGUUUUUGAAAAAUUAAAAUGACUCACUUGCUCUGUCUGGCCAACAAAUUUUUUCUUCUUUUUAAGGUUAAAGAUGCCAAAAUUAAGGGUGUUUGUAACUGGUUAUAACACUAUUAGGGAAACUUGUAAUGACAACCAACUAACAUAUUAUCCUUUUCACUAAUAGUAUAGGGCAUGCAAUUGAAGCCAUUGUUGUGGUGUCCAAUUUAAAAGAGUUGUAUCCAUCUUUUAAAAGUUGAAGUCCUUAGUAAUCUUUUAGGAGAAACCUUAUGUGGCCAUACUGAACCAACUAUUUGGAAUAAAUUUUGACUUGACUUAAAAUUGUAAGGAUGCGCAUCUAAACUGAAUUUACCCAGUUCUUCUUGUGCUUUGUUAGCCAUGCAUUUAAGUCUGCAAAGUCAAGAACAGAUAUGGGGUCUUUAGGGAUGGAUCCAACAUUAGAGUGUGUUCUUCCAGGAACUUCACAAAAUGCUUCAAUUUCCUUUAAAAUGUUGACAAUGGUAGUGAUGUCUGAAUCUUUCCCUCUUUUGUGUUUUGUUGACUCUCUGCGGACAUUAGUUGUCUGAUCAAAAUUGUUCAUGAUGGACUUGACAUCGUCACUAGCCCUGCUGUAGGUCUGAGCCACCUUGCAAGAAAGGUUUGCACCUUGGCCAUACAUCAGCUGCUUCGUGUCUCUCACACAAUGCUCCAUGGCUUGAUCAAUUGCAAUGUUUCUCCCCACCCCACCUUUGAGAUUUACAGUAUGGUUCCAGCGGAGAGAAUGGGCCUCUUUUGGUGUAAGUAGUGCAUGAAGUUGUGCGUGGAGCCUUACAGCUGCCAAAGCAUAUUUUGUCUUCCCACUCACUUUAAACAACAGCAUCAUAAAUUUCCAUAGGUAUUCAACUCUUCCUCCAUCACCCUCUUUAAUUGCAUCUUGAAAAUCGUUGAAAAGAAGACCUGUUUUGACAAUGUUAUGCGAAUAAUUGAAAAUCCCAUCUUCAUUGCGUGGAUCUGGGGGACUUCUUUCAUUUUGCUCAUGAUUUGUUAUGUUCAGGCCAUGCACUGUAACUUCAUGGUUGUUUCUCCGUUUCUCGUGUUGAUAUUCUCUGUUACAAUCUGGGUACCUACACUUAAAAAUUUGGGGAUGUUCUGAUUGUUGUAUAUCAGUGAAGAGUACUGCUGCAGGUUGCGCUUCAAGAAGGACAUACUUCUCCACAAGUUUCUCUACUGCGUCAAACAACUGUGUCUGUGAUGUGGCACCAGGUUCCAGUUGGUUUGAGUUGGGAGUACUGUUUGGGGAUGCCAUGCCAAAAAAUACCAUGGCUGCAUAUACUAUAUACCCAUCUACAACGAAGUUGAAGAAUGCUUCACAUCCAUGAUAUGAUUUGUUUACUUUGUCACACACGUCUUUUCUGUUCAAUCUUGUUUUUAGUUGAUACAGGGUUCCCAAGUCUCCCACUGACUGGCUUUCGUAGAGAUAAUCAAACAGCAUCUGCAAAUUUGUAUUUAAAGUAAUACAUACUUUAUUUAUAGGAUUAUCCAAAAUAACAUAUAAAAUAAAUUUCUUGCUGAUAAAAUAACCAAUUAUCCACCAGUGCAGUUAGAGUUACUAAUGUUUGUUAAGAUAAGUGGACCAUUAAAAAAGCAGUAAUGGAAAUCCAAUAAGGACAAAGUUUUAUGUUAAAUGGAGCAUAUUGCUUUAUUUAUCACCUGUAGAAAAUUCAUCUCACAAUGAAAAUCUUCAUGUUUUAGCACAAGGCCAUGGAGUCUUUCAUAAGGGCUAUCUGCAUCAGCAACGGCGUUAACAGCACUGACAGCCCGCUCAACAGUUAAAUGGUCGCCACCAAGCGGUAUCUUUUGAAGAAUUCUGGACUUGUCAGCAUUAGUUGGAACAUACUCCUCAUUACAGUGCUGAAGAAUUUCUAGCAUCUCGGGGAUUUUAUUCUCAUUUUUUUCCAAGAGACCCAGGUGUACCUGAUGAUUUCAAAAAAGGGUUUAGCUAAUAGUACAAGUAAUAAAUUUAUCACCUGUUACCUUCUUAUCAUUGGUGUUCAAAAUAAUAACAUUCAGAACCCCACUGAAGAUCACCUGCUGAAGUGGGCUCACUGCUAAAAUAUUAUUAUUAUUAUUAUUAUUAUUAUUGUUGUUGUUGUUGUUAUUAUUAUUAUUAUUAUUAUUAUUAUUAUUACCAUUUCUAUUUCUUAUAUUAUAAUUUCAGAACUUGUUUGAUACUUUGAUUAAAAAUCUGGGUUCUGUUCAUCAAAAAUAAAAUUUUUGAGGAGGUAAAAUGCAAUAUUCUACAACAACCGAUUCAACCCGCAAGCUACAGAGCAAUGCUCCAUUUUAGGUUACUUUAACCAUACAUGUAAAUUACAUGUUAUGGUAUUCAGUCAUUUUAUUAAUCAUUUUGAUUACCUUUCGGAUGGGGUGGGGGCUCUACACGGCUCUCCUUUCAAUAACUUUCAACCCCCCUCAGACAACAACAAAAAUUAAAUGACCCCCUCCCAGCAUUAAAGAAUAUUGUUUUGGAAGCAACAUAUUCCACUGAUUUAGUAGCAAUGGCCCCACUCUUCCUCUAGAUCUGGUACAAGAAACAGCACUGGGCAUGGUAAUGUCCGUAAGCUCAUUCUGCUUGAUAUGAAAAGGCUUUUUGAUGGUAUUUCAGUGAAGUUCCUGAUAAAAUAGCGGUGAUAACAUUUGGGUCUAUGUGACAUGAGAAAACUUUCAUGACACCCCAAUGACCAUCUCAAAGUCUAAUGCCCCCCCCCUUCCCCCCCCCAACAACAACAAGCACCUCAAUGUUUUCUGUCCCCAAACCCCUGCCCCCCAAAGGAUAAAAAAAAAAUUCAGAAAACUGAUACAUCCAAAAAGUGGUCUGCUGGAUUCCUUUUGCUUAUACCUAACUUCUGUAAUGAGGCAACAUAAAAAAACUAUGCAGAAAAAUUGGAGCCAAAUCUGUUUAUAAAGGUACACUGCCAGUUGUGAUUUUCAAUAAAAAAGAUGAUAAUAAUUGGAAUACCUGUAAUAAGUUGUUAUAACAUUUACAACAAUAACUAGCUGAUCAGAAGGAACAGAACAUUAGUUAAGUUGAAACCUACAAUAUGAGAGUGCUGACGCAUUUCCUUGCUGUAUUGGUGAGCAAGGUGAGAAGGAAUCAUGUGAGAAAACUGACUGAAGAACUUGCAAUGCUUGGUUAGGAUCUGAAGCACAAGCACAAUAAAGUCUUUUUGAGUUUUGCAUGAUCUUCUGGUGUGGGCAGGAAACUUGAAUUGGGUAAUUCCAUAAUGUGUCUGAUAGGUGCAUCAUCACUCAAAUCCAAGUUAGCAACCCUGUUGUCAUAAGCCAACAAAUUAAACCAGUGUACUGACUCAGUGUCCUUAUCCUUUGAGUAGAUGGAAGGUCUUCUGAGCCAGUCCAAAUUGUCCCCAUUCAAGCCAUAGUCACACACGCCAUUAGUGUACUGCAGAGGUGUAGCUUCACCAGAAUCAUCAUUGUUGUCUGAAUCUGAAUUUACCGAACUGACAAGGGAGUCAUUUGACACUACUGACCUUGAAUCAAAACCAUCUGGGACAUCUUCACAUUCUGGUAAAAAGUAAAGUAAAACAACUGUAAAUGCUUGAAUUAGCAAAAUUCUCUCAGAGUUGAGAGGAGGCACUAAUUAAACAGCAGGUGCUUAUUUGGUAAGGGUGCCUACUUUGGUUUUAUGUUUCGGCCUAACAAAAUAACAAACUGUCAAGUCAUUCCCAGUAAAUAGAUCCACUGUAGGAGAAUGUACAUGUAUCUAUAAGAAGAAACACAAAUCUGUGUGACCGCUCUCAAAUUUCUAUUCCCUUUUAAGACCUAUAGUUCUGGUGUUGAAAAUAUUCUAUUCUACUUCUAUCACAGAUAUUCAGAUUCGGUAAUUUUUUUCUUUCUUGAGGGUAGGUUGGGGGAGUGCUUAUUUCAAUGGGGUCUCUAAUUUUAAUAAUAUUAGACUCAAGGGGUGCUUAUUUGAAUUGCUAAUUUGAGUAUUUUGCAGAUGGUUUUGGUGACCAACAUGUAUUCUGAAAAAAUUUAUACCUAUGCUUUUAAUCUACAGUAUUAAUAUCCUUAUCGCUGUCAUUUUUUUCUAUUAAAUGGCAGAUUAUUUCAGUUGUCAAUGAUUUGUAAGUAUUAUAGUUAUUGCAUUAAGAACACCUACAGGCUAUUUCUACUACAUAUAAAUGUCUCUUAAAAAUUGCAAAUCAUUGUCAUACCAACAUUUGGAUCUUCAGAUGGUGUAUCCACUGCAGUACUUUCUUCUCCUCUCUCUUCAACAACAGUAAGCUGCAAAAUAAUGUUGGACCAACAUAAGCAUACAUUUUAAUAAAUUCAAGACAACAAAGAAUUAUUUUUAAAAAAUUAAAAAAGGAAAUAAAAAUGCAUUUCUGUAACUGAUUUCUCUUAGGAAAUUACUGUUACUAUUACUGUUUCGAAUUCAAGGUACCAUGAACUUCAUUUUGGUCAAAGAGUAGGACCAGCCACGUUAGCUCCAUGUCUGGAACUACUGAAACAAUAACUCACCUUUUUUCGUGUUCGCCCAAGAAACAGUGAAAGGCCAACAAGAUGUUGCACAGCAGAUAACCUUGAAUUGCGUCCCUUGAGCAGUACUGCUCCAGCACAACCAAUUAUGGGCUUCAACAACCGUUUCUUCCUCUGGUUCCUAGAAAUUGUGGGGGGCAUUGCUAUAGACUUAAGGACUUUGUAAAAGGUAGGAGCUUCCUUCAUCCAUUCUUUGAGAACUGCAUUCCACUGAAAGUGUUUGAGGUCUCUAACAGCAGUCUUCUUUAGCAAGGAUUUCUUCUCCAGUUUACGACACUCCUUGUUGAUUUGGAGGCAGACACGAUGAAUCAAAGAAUUUCUCAAACUUUUGGAUUUAAAAGCAGCUGCGCUGAUUGCUUAAGCAGGUCGUUUUAAGCAAAGGGCUAUCCCCAGAGUGCUUUGAUCUUUGGGUAAUUCCCUUGACACAGUUUUGGAUUUGAAGUGCACAAUCACCUUGAUCAGAACAUAAGAAUUAUUGUAUAUUAAAGAACAAAAUUACAACUGAAUCAACAUCAUUACAAAGAAAACAACAUCAUUAUUCAUUGCAUUCAUAAAUAAAGGCAUACUGCUUAGAUUGAUACUUGCUUCCAAUGAUAAUGAAAUUUGGCAGUUUUUCAAUAUUAUUAUGCUUAUGCCCUGUGGUUACAAGGAGACUAAUCUGGACAGAUGACUGAGUGCUUACAUGUUUAGUUGCCACAUGUGCAAACCUGUCUAGAAUUUCCGCAAGUGGUUUAUUACACUGCAGCCUUCAUUUUACUUGGGGACCAAGACUAGUAUCUUUGAAUUCAUUCCCCAAAUUAAUAUGACAUGAUGUGAGUAAGAUCAGUACACGUAACUUAGCUGAUCUUGUAGACAAGCUGUCCUGAUAAUUACUGGAAAAAUAAUAUUAUAUUGGCUGCUUACCUUAACAAAUGUACCUUUUUUUGCACUUGGCUGGCAAUGACAGCUUGAUUUUGGAGUCUGCGUAGCAACAUUAUGUACUUCUCUGACUUGACGUAUGAUUGAUGGCUGUUCACUGACACAUGCAUGAGCCAAUGCUGCAGAUGGUGUGAGUAACUUUGGUAGAAUAUAUGCACAUUCUUUUGCUGGAUGUGUAUUUGCUGUUACCGACAUUUGUUCAGGGCAGUUGGCUUCAAAAACAAGUCUGUGACCUUUCCUCUUACGUUCUAUUCGGGUCACUGUUUGCUCGUCACCACAACUUGAUGACAAAGGAGACUGGGCAUGUUUUCUUUUUAACGAUGACAAGUAUUGAAUUGACUGUUGUUCUGCUUUUAUUGACUGUUGCCAUGCCUUUUCAAUUUGGUAUUUGCAGCUUGCACAAACUGCACGAGGCAGAGCAUCAUUUUCACUUAAAUUUUCAUUGAACACAGCCUGGUAAAUCUUUCCAAAUUCGCCAGUAAUAUUCCUCUUUCUUUUUUUAUCCAAAAACUCACAACCACACUUAAGACAGAAAUUUCCAGAGGUGUUCAUCAUCUGUUAAAAGCUAACUACUAACAUGAUUCUCCAUAAGUCACACGUGCGUAGCGUAACCUACUUAACGCGGGUAAUUUAGAAAGCCUUCCUACUUUACCUGUGGGAAUGCAUGCGCGCGUGCAUACUUGUCUGGCUCGUUCACCAAAGAAAUGCACGCAAUCAGGAAACUUUCAGUUACAGAACAUCCCCGUCCAUUUGAAAAUACUGUCUUCCCGAAAACUAACACAUGGAAACGCAUGUGAGGGUAUUUUAAAGCUUGAGCUUUCAAGACGUAUUCAAUUCAAGCUUUCAUCGAUCACGCCUUCUAUUUACGUUAUUUACGAUACCUUGUGAUCGGUCAGAAGCAGAAUUUUCUUGGUGCAAAUGGGAAUAGUCAUCCCAAACGUUUUUCCGAGUCAUCGAUAGUUCCUUCGUUUCUGUUUGGGGAAGCAGAAAAGUGAAAGAUUCCCUCGCGAAACCUUGGUGAACGAACCAGACAAGUAUGGCGAGAUAAUAGCCGUCGUGUACGAACACAUGAAAAGAACUCAGGAGAUGCUGUUCGCUGAUUGGGCACAAUAAUACAAAGGUUUUUUUGUGCCCAAUCAGGAGCCGGCAUCCGUUUGAAUUUUUGGAAAUGGUUCGGUAAGAGUCGGUACCCAGGGGCUCUUUCGCCCGUACUUGAAAACUUUCGUCCCGCCUAUUCUCUCGACCCGACUGACUGCCCCUGGGUCUCCGAGGAUGAACAUGUCCCGCAAUGUCUUAUUGCCCGUUUUUAAAAACCCUAUUCUUUUUCCGUCUUUUUGUCUAACGCUCAACCAGCUCUAAACUGACAUAGUGGUAAAAAAGGUACUCUCUCACAUGCUUGGGGGUGUGUAUUGUUUUUUUAAAGUUUCAUAAGGGUUGACGCCAUGUAAGGUGGGGGGGUCCCCAACCUCUCGAUUGUGUUGGCGUCAUACUAGGGAAAAAGGGAAAAAACUGAGCGUGGUGCUUUUUUGGGGGAAAAAAAUUGAAACGAUUUCUUGUUCAAUUUUAUAAAUAUUUCAGGUGAAUGGAGAGGAUGGUGGGUCCGCCACACAGUAGUGAUAGAGUCGUGGUGAGUGCGGUGGUUGCCAUUGAUGUCCUCCUGAAAACACAGGAUUAUUGAUUGGCGAAAUAUUCAAAUAUCCCCCGAUUGUACCAUACAAAAGGGGCAGAUCCUAAAAAAUAUACUAGUUCGAGCAAAACUUCCUAAGUGGCUAUUACUUGUGGACAGGAGUCGCACGUGUCACCUUAUUGUUAUCCUUGGGUAAUUCUGACGAUCGGAAGGGUACUGUAUUUAGCUAUUUAGUUGCAACUGAACCACAGUGGCCACAUUUUUUAUUCAGGUCAUUCAUUUGCAUCAUAUUUUUCAUUCAUGUACAGUGUCUGAGAACAAUGGAAAUUUAAAUUUGGCUAAUUAAUUCCUAUGUGGCUUUUUGCUUUUUGCUUUUGUCUAUGACAACUUUACUGCAAUUAGGUGUAUCUACCGGAAAUACCUACAUUCUCUCGUGUGCAGUCUUCCUCUAUAUUAUGCAGGGAGUCCUAGGGUGCCUCCUCAGGUUUUUGGCCCUCUGGGGCCAAAAGCCCUGCGGGGGCAACUACGGACGGGCAAUGCCCGUCAUCCACAAUUGCAAGGAUUGAGUGGUUAAAAUCAGGCAGCCGAUCCGGUUUAUGUAUGAAUGCUAUGGUCAGCGGAGUUCUCGCGUGGUACAGUAUAUUUGACAAUUAUCCUGUGAAAUCGCGCGGAAUAUCGUCUCAUACUUAGCCGACGAGGCCAUAGGCCGAGUCGGCUAAAAUCAGACGAUAUUCCGCAAGAUUGAGCAGGAUAAUUGUUUUAUUAUUCAACAAAUUGAUAACAAAAUUGAUUUCCAAGCUCAUAACAUUUUUAAACCUUUCUCUCGACAUUUUUUCACUUCACUCUUUCUUCCCAUGUACGAAGCUACGUAUAUCGCCGGAUAUCUGUUACCUACGGAUGACAGAUAUCGAGAGCAUCAUGACCAUAUUUGGAUAGUGUUACAAUUUGUUGAAUAAUAAUUAAGAAUUAUUCCAUGAGCGCACGUUGGAUAUGAAAUGAUAGAUAGCCAACGAGGCGCGCAGCGCCGAGUUGGCUAUAAUCAUCUCAUAUCCAACAAGUGCGAGUGGAAUAAUUGUUUUAUUAAAAACGCCCCCAAAAUAUAGAAACUAGACUACAAUAAAAACAAAAAGGUCCUAAAAAAUCACGCAAACCCUUGCCAUUUUUGUAGAUCAUGGUAUAAUGGCUCAUAUACCAUGAUGGCUUAGCCAAUGAAAACUCUCGAAUUGCAUUAUCCAAUGACCCAGUUUUUAAUAAAUCCUCAUACAUAACAUACCUACUACGCCCACAGCGGUCAAAUGAGUGCGCAUGCUUAAGCCACGCGCACGCGAUAGAGCGCGCGUGGGAAUGGAUUGCACUAUUUCUAUAGAAACAAGCAAGUGCCAAAAUGGCGGCAGAUUAUGUGUUUCAUUUCGCGAGGAUAAGGCGAAAACAAAACAGCUAAGGUUUUUACCUUGAACACAGCUCUAAAAGGGGAGUCUCUUUUAUAUAUAUAGUGAAAUUUCUUGUCGAAUUUUAAUACGAGUUCGUAGCGAAACAUGAAGACUGUCUCUCUGGGGCAGAUUUUCGGAUCAGAAAGGCUGUUGCCUAAGCAGUAAAACUCGGGAAAAGAACGUUUGUAGGGGCAGAAUGACUGAACUUAGUACCGAGAUGGCUCGAGUGGCGGAGGUUGACCGUGGAAAUUUUUUAUGGGAUGAAGAGGGAAAGUGACUUGAAGUGUGUAAAUCACGUGCGUGUUCACGCGAGUGCCCAAUCGUUUGACCGCUGUACAUGUGAACCUACUAAGUAUUACGGGAAAUUGGUGAGUGUUUCAUCAUCCAAGACUAUAAAAUUAUCUUCACGUGUCCUUAUCGAACGGUCAUUUUGAAAUUUACGAUACGCUACUGAGCGGCAACCUACCAAGAAACCUGGUGUAUGUGGUUGAAGCGGUUAUGAAUUCUGCUGUUGAAGUUAAAACACGCAAAGGCGACCUCGUAGAAGUCGGCAAGCAACACUUCAAUUCGUUGUAUCCACAGUUGGCAGAAUUUAGGGAGUAUGGAACUGUCAUGUGCCCUCCGAUAUUUUCGUUUAGAUACAAAGGCCCCAUCGGCGAAGCCUCUGGUGCUACACCACUUACUCAAAUUGAGGAAGCCAGUUUAAGAGGAGACACAGCUGAACUCCAAAUCUUCAAGAUGCUGGAAAAGUGUAAUCUGCCAAUGUUUGUCAUAUCCAACUUGAUAUGGUCAAAUUUCAUUCUGGAAGUUGUCCGUCAGAGGUUGCCAGAGAAUCAUCCUAGCCUAUCAAAGAUGGCUGAAACUUCAGAGACAGCGAAGGAAACAGACUUUGUAAUUAUUCAUCAGAAAAUUGGUGUGAUUCUUUUCGAGGUCAAGGCUAGCAAACGUACGCGUUCUAAAGCGAGACGUCAACUUAAUGACGCAGAGCAAUUCAUCCAAGCGCUGUUGUCGGCUAUCCGUGAUAAAGGAGGAACCUCGCAAAUAGAAAUUCCGAUUCUUAAAGUUGUUGCGAUGCCUAAUGACAAAACCCGCAACAGCCAUGCCACCGCUAGGGAACCUACACUUGACUCAUCGAAGUCAGGAACUAACACUGGAUGCGAAAAAACAGGAGAAGUUGAGUCGACGCUGAACUCGGAUGGAGUUUCCUCUAAGACUGAUUUCAUUUACCUUCGUAAAGAAAAUUUGGAUUCGUUGGACAAUUUUUUGACCUGGUGGCGAGAACAAUUUGUUAAAAGGCCAUUUGAUGAGGAACAAGAACGAGCAUUACACACUCUGCUUUCUAUCCUUGUAAGCCAGAGGACCGAAAUUAAAAGUUCAUAUGGCAGAAAAGAGCUAUCAGAUGGCGUGCUUCUUCAUAAAAUGCUCGCAGACAUAAACAAAAAUUUAACCGAAGGCCAACACUUUUUGAAGCAUAGCCACAAAAAACAACGUACCAAAACUCCUAAGAAGAAAGUGGUCGACACUGAAGUUGUAGUGAAGACAAACGACAACCCAAAUUUAGGAAUUCUGGAAAAGAAGUUUUUGUUCCUCAACCGCGAACAAUUUGAGACAUGGGAGGGCCCAUACCGUCAGGUCUUUGGUGGUGCCCCAGGCUGUGGAAAAACAAUUUUGCUGCAAUUCAAAGCACUUGAAUGUGCCAGGAAAGGAGAAAAGGUUCAGAUAUUUGUUCCAGAUCCCCUUAUGAACCUCUAUAAGAAUUUUUUUUGUGGGCAACAAAAUGUUGAUGUUCAUAAGUUAGGUGACCUUGGUCAAAUAAUUAUUGACCAUGACAGUCACUGCUUUGUUGAUGAAUUUCAGCUUGUUGCAAUAUACGUUGACACCGACCCAGGCGGAAAACAGGAACGAAGCCUUAAGAGGAACCUUGAACCCAAAGGCAAAGAUCGAUAUUUUUGGAUUGCCUGCAAUGACGUACAAUUCUUUCCAUGUGCACAGAUACCAGGCUUUGAAUCUCAGUUGUGGGGGUGGUUCUCCAAAAAGCUAAAGGAACUUAAGACCAUGAAUGAAUUUUACUGCCCUACUGAAAUGAAAACAGUAGUGAGAUAUACACGUGAAAUCCAUGACUUUGUGCAAGAAUAUCUCAGCAAAGCAGGCAUCAGUCGACCAGAAGGUGCUACUGCUCUCAGUUCAAUCAAGCUUGGCCAUCAGAUCUGUGGACCUCCAGUCAAAGUCCUCAAGGAAAAUUUUAUAGCUGAAAAUUGUGCAACACUAAUAAAAGAAGAGAUCAAGGGCUGGCCAAAUUAUAAUGAUGUUGCUGUUCUAGUUUCAAGUGCUUUUUCCCACGAGGAACUUUUCGAUAACCUGAGGUGUUCUGGGAUUCCAGUUUGCAAAGUUGGAAGUGAUGAGAAUGCAGUAGUCAUUGAUUCUGUUGACAGAAUUCACUCGUAUCAGUGGCCGUUUGUCAUUGUUGUCUCCAAUUCCAAUCCUGAGUACUCUGUGCAAAAUUACACCAUGUUUACUCGGGCUGUUGCAAAACUGGUUGUAAUUUAUUACUCAUAGUGGAAUUCAGUAUUCCUCCUGCAACCACAGAAUAAUUAUACGAAAGACACAAACUCUUUAACAUUAUGGAAGACAAACUGAUUUGAUAACAAACAUUGAUCAAACUACUGUACACAGCUGGUGUAAGUAGCAUCUUAGUGAAUUUCAAGGCUACUUAAUGAAAUUACAUUAUCAAUCUAUGCUGCUGGCCUCCAAAUCAUGAUCUUACACCUGUUUUUAAUGUUUUUAAUGUUUUUAAUGUACUACCUGUACAAUGUUUCUCUGACUGUUGUUUUAAAGGAAAAAUUAAUAUAAUAUAGACAUAUUAUGUCAAGCCUGUUAAUGUUUAUGAUAUCUUAAAAAGGCAAGAUUGUGUUAUCUUUAGAAAGGUAUCCAAGUCAAUCAGACACUCACUCUUACCUAAGUGCCAUGUGUCAAAUUGUCCUGUUAACAUCUCAGGAAAGAGACUUGUCAUUAGCCAAAGAUAACUACAAGGCAUUUUAAAAACUAUUUUAACAACCUUUUAGUAUUUAAAUACAAAUUAGCCUGGCUUGUAAUAUAGAGACUUAGAGCCUGAAUGCUAUACUGUAAAACAGAAGAUAUGUAUUUUUAUUUUUUGAAGAAUAAAAGACUGAUUUUAUUAGAAGUAGUUAUUAUUAUUAGAAUUAUUGUUAGUUAUUAUUAUUAUUAUUAUUAUUAUUAUUAUUAUUAUUAUUAUUAUGACUAUGACUAUGACUAUGACUAUGACUAUUACUAUUAUUAUUAUCUACAAUCCUGGCCAAAAUGUCAGGAUGGAGGCCUCAGUGGGGGCGAUCUAGACAUGAAUCUGCAUACAGCAUGUGAUAUCCACAUGUGUGCAAUGCAGCUUACCGUGGCCACCCAACCAACUUUUUUUACAAGUUAGCCAGUCAGGAUAUGUGAAUUUGAUUAACGGUCAUGCCUCCUUGCAAAGUCCAACAAGCAAGUGAUGCAACAAUGUAUUAUUGAAAACAUGCCGUUUUGUAUUUUAUGGCUAACUUGUAACAAUAAGUUUGUCGGGUGGCCACAUGAAGGUGGCGAAUCACAGCGGUAAUGGUUCUAGCAAUCAAUAAUGAGAAAUGUUGCAAACCUGAAAGUUAUUUUCCAUUUACCACUAGCACAUCAUUAUAAAAAAGAGAACAACAACCAGAAGACAUAAAAAUAAGAAAAAAACGAGAAAUAUAGAAGUUGGAUCUUGACUCAAACUUGGCUUGUGACUUGAAUGUAACUUGGGCUCGAACUUGACUCGUGCUACCCUUAAACUCUGGUAAAUUCCCCCAACCUUGCCUCCACGGCCCUUGCAAUGUACUGAGAAGACCCUGGAACUUGCUUCGAAAUCAGUACUCCAUGAAUCGUGGACAAUAAGCAUUCAUAAAUAACUGGAUUAUGAAAGUCAUGUUUCACAAAGUGAUGCACCUGACUGUAGUAAGGAGAACAGUGGAAGCAGAGUAGUGAUUCAUUUGCACUGAGCUAGGCACCUGUGCUGUACCCCACCUCAUUUUUAGAUACACAGUCACUUCAGUAGCAUACAUGUACAUAUGUGACCUGCAGCUGCCUCCACACUUUGAGCUGGAGAGGAUGAGCCAUAGUUCAACCAACAAGAAUUUCCUGUUGCUGGAUGUAUGGGAAAUUUGAAUGCAAAAUUAGAUGUGUGGUUAUAUAAGUGAAUGGUCUUACUUGUCAGCAUAAUUUCUCUCCAAACACACUUUCUAUUUGUUUAAAAAUGGAGUAAUUGUAGUCAGGAGAUGACAUAGUUGAUAAAAGUGUUGUUUUUUGUCACUGACUUGUAUAUUACGGUAAGACGUUUCGGCUAACUCUUAAGCCUUCAUCAGUUGAAAAAAACCACUUGAUGUUACGCGCGAUUUAAAAACUUUUAAAUUGAAACGUUGCGCGUGCUGUAUGCGCGUGACUCGAGAGAAUUUAAGUACGUGCAAGGCAGUUGUAGACUUCUGGGAUGACCAUGUGAUCAUUCCCAGCGUUCGGGUCUUUUACGGACAUCCAAGCCUCCAGAAAAAGCCGCUGAUGGUAAUGCGCCUCAUGUCCGACGACUUCAACGUUUUCAAAAUCCAUAUGAUGAUGAUGCUCGUGAACAUGGCACGCAAGUUUGGAGUUAUGGUCGAACAUCAGAACAGCCUUUUUGUGCUCAGAAACCCGCGUCUUCAGUGCUCUUUCGGUCUGGCCAUAGUAUACAAAAUCGCAUUGACUGCAAUUGAUUCUGUACACUAUUCCAGAUGACGGACGGUCGGUUUCAUCCUGCUGCUUGGGUUGAGGAAAAAGACUGUUGAUGGUUUUCUGUGGCUGGUAGGAAACUCGCAAACUUUGUUGCUUUAGCACGCGACCAAUUCUUUCGGAGACGCCCUUAACGUACGGGAGUACUACUUAACCAUUCGUGGUAGGCUGAGAUGGUUUUGUUGCCAGCGCUCUUUUGCAUUCCUUGAUAAAGCCAGACGGGUAAUUGUUCUCUCGAAGCACCGCUUUUACUCUUUGCACCUCCUCGCGUUUUCCUUUACUCGUGGAAGGAAUGUUUCUCGCGCGAAGGAGUAACGUGUUAACCACUGAUCUUUUGUGGCACGAGGGGUGGUGAGAGAGAAAGUAGUACUCCCGUACGUUAAGGCGUCUCCGAAAGAAUUGGUCGCGUGCUAAAGCAACAAAUUUUGCGAGUUUCCUACCAGCCACAGAAAAUCAUCAACAGUCUUUUUCCUCAACCCAAGUAGCAGGAUGAAACCGACCGUCCGUCAUCUGGAAUAGUGUACAGAAUCAAUUGCAGUCAAUGCGAUUUUGUAUACUAUGGCCAGACCGAAAGAGCACUGAAGACGCGGGUUUCUGAGCACAAAAAGGCUGUUCUGAUGUUUGACCAUAACUCCAAACUUGCGUGCCAUGUUCACGAGCAUCAUCACCAUAUGGAUUUUGAAAACGUUGAAGUCGUCGAACAUGAGGCGCAUUACCAUCAGCGGCUUUUUCUGGAGGCUUGGAUGUCCGUAAAAGACCCGAACGCUGGGAAUGAUCACAUGGUCAUCCCAGAAGUCUACAACUGCCUUGCACGUACUUAAAUUCUCUCGAGUCAUGCGCAUACAGCACGCGCAACGUUUCAAUUUAAAAGUUUUUAAAUCAUGCGUAACAUCAAGUGGUUUUUUCAACUGAUGAAGGCUUAAGAGUUAGCCGAAAUGUCUUACCGUAAUAUACAAGUCAGUGACAAAAAACAACACUUUUAUCAACUACACUUUCAAUUCCCUUGCUCAUUCAAGUCCCACGUAAAAAAUGUGAACUGUUGUACAGUCUAAAGCAAUGAACCCUCUGAAUCUUAUUACCCAAGCAUAAAUUAGUCUGCCUGGGUCAUAUUAGUCCACCACAAAAAUGGCAAAAACCAAAGGAAACAAUUGAAUAAGCCAUGCCCGACUUGUUUUGAACCUCAUUAUGAAAGCAGGGCUAACUGAUUGCAAAGUAUUAUGAAUUUCAAAACUACAGUGAAACCCCGCUUUAAGACACCUGCUACAGACACUUGUUAUUACGAACAGUUUUCGUGGUCUGGCUCCAUACAUUUUCCUUAAAUUAACCCACUUAAUAAGGACACUCUCAAAUACGGACACUUCCUGGUUCCAAAGGUAUCUAAUAAUGGGGUUGACUGUAGUUUUCAUUCAUAUGCAAACAAAACUAAUUUUCAUAUGAAAAGCUUUGCAAUGAUUGGUCAGCAGAUGUGCGCGCGGGGUCCCAGUAGUCGGCUUAGGGUUAUGCGGUGCUCUUAGGGUUAUUGGUCAGCAGACGUGCACGCAGGUGCGGGUCCAAAAGUCAUUGCAUUUGGGGCGACCGUGGGGCUAGGGUUUACCUCCUCAAGGAGUUAAACGGGGUUAAGGGGCAGUGUGACGUCAUUUUUUCUCUAAGUUUUAUUGGCGGCCAUCUUGGGUGGGGGUGGGGGAAGGUAGAUUCCGGAACAGACCCUACUACUUCGUUGAAGGUGGUGGAAAUCUUCAUUUUUAAGACCUUACAGUAGUUUGGUAAGCUUGAUGUGUACAGUAGUUGUUUUACAUUCAUACAUUAUGCACAGUGUUUUACUAGACAUGCUUAAGGCUGAUGACAUCUACAGGCAUGAUAUUCAUUUAUGUUGUUGUCCAUUUUGUACUUAACAGGAGAACUCCAGUGAAAGAUUGGUCUUAAAGUUUUGGAGACAGGAGGAAAUGCGGUUAUUGGGUAAGGUUGAACAGGCUGACACAGCCUUGCUGGGUUCAUCAUUACCGAAGCUGUUCAAUUACCUGUUUUAAAUUUUGUUCAAAUAUCUAAUUUUAAUUAAAUGGCUAGCUCUGCGAGCAAGCAAUAUAACCCAAAUCCUGCACUGUGAUUGGCUACCAGAGUGGGCAAGAUGGUGCUAUCUUGCCCAAUGAGAAUUAUGCACUGUCUCCUGCAAGAAAAAGUUUGUGAAGCCGAAGAAGCAUAUCCUAUGUAGUAAAUCCUCUAUUGACCAAGCUAAUGUUCUGUCAAGAUGGCAGGAUAAUUUUUUAUUGACCUCAUUGUUUUUAUCAUGUUUAUACGGUCUUGUCUCAAGGCCAGGAUUCAGUCAUCUAAUGACCACAAGAUUUGUCAAUAACUUAAGCUUCCAGCCUCGGUGGGUUAGUAAUCACUGACAUUGCUAUUUGUUUUUCAAUGGUCUGACUACUGUAGUUAUCGGCAGUGCUUUGACCUUGAGGGUGAAUAUGGCAUUGUAGUACGAGGCAUUGGUACUGCUGUGACCUUGACCAGUGGUGUUCUUACUGGAGGAACCUCUCGUCCAUCCACUCCGAUUCGUCCACUGGCAUCCUCUGGGGAACUGGGCCCUGGAAGUCAUGUGUCAGAAUCUGGGUGAGCUGAUGUUUUUAAAGAGGCUCAGUCACGGCAUCUUGAGUUAUUUUGAACAUUGAAAAAAAUAACCGUUAAAUUGAAGGAAACCUAAAAAUAACACUUUGUAAAGAUAGAAAAACAUCAAAGAGACAAUAAUAAAUCAUAAAGGAACAAGGAUGGUUAAGGAUGGAGAAGAUUGACACGGAUUGCAAACAACGAAUUUGAAAAGUUUUGCUAAGCUUUUCAAACGUGACUGAGCCCCUUUAAAUUUCCGUGGAAUAAAAAGAUUUCUUAAAAUAAUGGUAUGAAACUGUCCAAGGUAUUAAUAAUUUUUAUAGCAUGUUUAAAAAUUUAAAAUAAACUGCAAGUUGAAAUCUCGAUUGUUGAGGGCAUAAUUUUAUGCUAAAGGUCAGUGUCCAGCAAACAUAGACUGCAGACCUCGGGGAUUUCAUUAGUGUUUUACCAAGAGGGCCACUGGUUUUCACAGGGGGGGGUAAUUAAACCCCUGAGACCUGCAAACUGGCAAACUUGCAUUAGAUACAUGAUUUUAAAGUAAUUACUUACUCUAAAAUAAAAGCUGCUACUAACAGAACACAAAAUUCUGUUACUGUUUUUCUUCAGAUUUAACUUCCCAGAGUCGUUCCAAACCUUGCCAGUUCCAUCCAGUAAAGUCAUGGCGCCAGCUGCUUUGCGAAGACGGGUUUCAUCAUCUGAUUCGGAUCCAGGCUCAGAAUCUCCACCUAAAGGUUAGCAUAAAUUAAACGAUAAAUUAAAUUAAAUGAAUUAAAUUAAAUUAAACUAUUAAUCACCAUCAUUGUCGUCAUCUACAUGUUCAUGUAGUUGCCCCAAAAGAAGUUAACAUUUAAUGAAUGGCUUGAUGUAAUGUAUGAUUUCUCUUAGUUCAGUUUUUAAAUUUGCUCAAUUUUGAGAACAAGAAAGAUUUCUAGUUUUCUCUUAUUUUCCUCUUGGAAGUUUGAAGGUUUGUGUUUUUGCAGAGGCCCCUUUUUGCUUUUUUUGCCCUAGUUUUGUAGCCUUACUGUGCAGGGGCUGGAGAGGACAAUCAAAUAAAAUUCCAUGGGGAUACCCAUACCUUUUUAGGGAGCCUCUGCCAAGGAGAAACUUAUAAUUGUGUUCAUAUAUUGUAACACAUUCCUAGCUAAUUCAGUUGGUACUGAGAAUUUUUCUUAUGGACAUCCAAGAAACUGACCUGCAUAUAAUUAAGCAUACACACUUUACACAGACUACAAAUUUAUGCAGACUAUAAAUUCAGUUUAACUUAAUCCAAGUUCUGAUUCAUUUUGUAUUUAACAUAAAUUCUAUCCAGUUCAGACUACUUUCAUUAGUUUUUAUAUACUGUACACCCAUGGAUGUAAAUUACUUGACUUUUAUUACAGAUAUUUUUCUGUCUCAUAUUCAUUCAGACCGCGUGGCUGUGCUGGCUACAAGUGCAGGGGUUGAUAGUAACAGUAGCAGUGCUUGUGGCACCCCUUUCACCAAGGCCAAGGGACUUUGGCAGGUCACUCAGAAACAGAAGAUGGUUGAUGACUUGGUAAAUGAAUUUUGUACAUCUAAUAGUAAUUACUUUUAAUUCUAGUCUGGCUACUUUAAGAGGUUUAUCAGGCCUUACCUGAACUCUAUUUUCUGUAGCAUGAAGUUUUAGAAUCUGGAUUGUGUGAUUUGCAUGGCCAAUAGUAUUCAAGAGGGUCGUAUAGGGGGGUCUCUGGCACUGUUCACGAACCUAACAGUUCAUGGGUAUGAAAAUUUCAUUUUCCCAAAUUGCGAAAAUAAAAAUUAAAAAAGAUACUCUUUUUAGUGACCUGUUCUUACAGUAGAAACAGCGUUUAAAGGGAGCAAAAAACGCAAAUGGUACGUCAAGGCUCUAUAUGGCAAAUAGCAUGCCCAAGUCACUCUUGAUAGACCAUUCUUACCAUUCAGAAAACUUGUGUCUCUAAAUCACAAAGAAUUGAGUGCUAAAAUCAGAAAUAUCGGUUAAUAAUUCAGUUAGAACUUCAUGGGUCAUGCAAAACCUUCAGGUCACGAAUCACGAAGAAUAAUUUCCUAAAUCACAUUUCAUGGGAAAAAAUGAGCUAAUCACGCAUCAAGAGAAUACCCCUGUACAACCCUCAUCCAAUAAUAGAUGCUGAUCUUUAAGCUAACACAAUGUCCUACUAGGGAGACGACUUUAGAAUUGGUAUUAAUGUUGAACUUUGUAAUAGGUUCUCAGUUGGUAAUUAAGCUCAUGUCUACAGAACUGCGUUCAUUUUUCAUUCAUAUCCAUUCUCAAACUGUAAGUAAUCAUCAUGCAUCUAGGGAACUCUACUCAUUAGGCACAACAACAUUAAUAUUUCGUUGUCAGCAGUGGCUCGUGUCCAAGCAUCAAUUUUUUUCUAACGGUAGUGUGUCCUCUUCUUUGAUGGCCUUGCAGGUGCAGGCUCAGUAGGACAAUCCUUGGAUAGAAUUUUGAGGGGAGAGGAUGUGAGGGUGGGGAGGGGUGAGGGGCUUCAAGGCAGUGUUUUUGUUCUUCAUGUUUUCAGCUUUGCAUCUCAAAACAGGAAACAAUAAUAAUUUAAACUACAAUAAUUUGAAGCUUACAACUAUGGUAUUAGCUGCCUAUAACAAACUCCAUUUUCAAAGCACUUUAAAUUUGUACAUAUUUCAUGCUCAAUUGACCCAGUCACUAGGAUUUAGGUACCAUUUUGGUCUACAGGGAUGACGUCAGAAGUGGAACAAAGGCCAAUGCUUGUCACAGGCAGUGAUGGGCAGCACAGUCAUCAAUGAGUUAAAUAUAAAACAAAUUAAUAAAUUUAAGUAAGUUACAGUGUACUCACUAAUUAAAGAUAUGAAGGUAAUCCAAAAAAUUAAAAGCUAAUAUUACAACAAGGCAAAAAGGCAAUAACAAUAACAAUAACAAUAACAAUAACAACAACAACAACAACAAUAACAAUAAUUAAUAGUAACAACAACAACAACAGAGACAAGCAGUUUGUUUUACAUCUUUCAGGAGUUUCCAUUCUUUACCAUUUUUGAGACACAUUGGCGGUGUUGUAACAGCACGAUCUGUGAAACUUCUGCAUAAAAUCAAUCACCCAGGUACAUGUUUCCAUGAGCAAGUCUAGUUGGCAAGCAAGUCUAGUUAGCAGGUGAUUUGUCUGGGCUCUUGUCAAUUAGGCAACUGAAAAUGGAAUGUUACUUGCCUGGUGAGAAAAUCUAUUUGUCCUGGACAACUGGACAACACUUUUUUCAAGCACUGUAAAUGCAAGAAUGCACUGUGACCUCAGACAUGGGCAAAGAUAAACCACAUGACUCUAGAAAAGAAAAUGUGAUUGCCAAUAACAUGGUAUUAUGAGACAAAGCCGUUAGCCAUAAUGAAAACUGCUAGUUGAUGAGAUAUUCAAGAAGGUGUAAUCUCACUUACUACAUUUAAAUGAUCAUAAAUCUUGCUUGCUUCUUCAAGAUUGUUGUCUAAGAAAAUUUCUGAGCUUGAACCCAAAGGUUCCUAACCAAGAAAUCCUGGGUGUCCAGCACUUAAUCUUAUAUGAAAAAGUAUGUUUUCCAGUCACCUUAAGGCAAAAGUUAGUCACUUGUGUGGCAUCCAGGCACUUCAAUAGCACAGCCUUGUUCUUUUUAACACUAGAUGAGCCAGAAACACGAGAUGCCUGGUGGAGUGAGGUGAGAAUGGAGAUCCGCUCUCAUGCCAGAGCUCUUGGCUGUCAUGCAGUGAUAGGAUACUAUGAAGUUACCAGCAUAUGGUGAGAAAUUUUGUCUCACUAACAGUAACAACUAUUGUGUACAACAAUGUUGCAAGGUACAUGUAUUUUAGGUAGUUCACCAAUGAGUGAUUGAAGUUGUGAUGCGUGGAAAAUUCUUUGAUUCUUGUACCCUCUACCUGUAGUGCAGCUCUGCUUUCUUGCAUACAUUUCCAUGGUUCUGUACAAAGAGCAACCUUUCUCAAAAUACCAUAACUAGAACUACAUGUUGCACCUCUUGAUUCUUUACUCACAAUGGUGACAAUAAACAUAUUUUUAUACUACAAUAUUGUUUUUCUUCAUAGUGAUGAGCUAAUAGUAUUGUCAGCAUCAGGGACAGCAGCAUGUAUAGACCUGCAGCUAGCUACAACAGAACCCAGUGGAAUUCCCCAUGGCAUUCUCUGUAUGUACUUGCACUAGAUCACACAUUUGUUUGGGUGUUCUGACAUUGUACAUGGAGUGAACUAACAUUGAUAAUGUUCCAUGAACAUGUCAAAAAACAUCUCCAGUAGAAUGCUGUAUCUUUUGUCCCAACUUUUCAUGUUGUUAUUAUUAGCUUUUUCAAGUCUAAAGUACAACUACAAUCAUGGACAAAAGUGCAUGUUGACACAUUUGAGCAGAACAAACGUUUUCUAUCAGCGUCCUUCCGUAAUUACAAAAAAGAUCUUUUUUGUCGAUAGCUAAACCCCCUCUCCCCCCUUUUCAAUGAUGAAGUAUGCUCAGUGGAUACUGUCACAUGGUUACAACAUUGAAAAGAGGAGAGGGGGUUGAAAUGUGAAAAUUGGAGGUUGAAAAACUCGUUUUCAACGAAACAGGAUAUUUUUGGGGGGAGUGUCUCAACUGCUUUUGACCAUCAUUGUAGCUAACCAUUGACAAUGUGGCUCUCUUCUUUGUAAUAGUGUUGUCAGUCUUUACAAGUGAUUCCAAAAAACAACAACAAAAUUUCUUUUGAAUUAUUCAUCUUGUAGCUCCUGUUGUGGAGAAAGGCCAGGCUGUCCCACCAACUUUGCCAAGUCACACAGAUCCACUUGAACCAGUCACCAUUGAUGUCACUGAACAGGAUGGGUAAGUAAACAAAACAGUGCAGUGAUUUUAAAUAGUCUUGAUGUCCCUCCAGAAUUACUUGGAGAAUGCAUGAAUAUCAAAGCAAUAGCUAUUAUCAAGAUGGUCACUAAUGGAGUUAUUGAUAAUUAAGUUAAUUCAUUUAUCUGUAUCUUUAAAUGAACUCACAGAACAUCACUUGGUGAAGAGAUCUUGUCAACUUCUCCUGUUCCUGGCUGUUCAGUGUGCCACAUUCCUUAUUCUGAUGUAGAGUUACCUUUUCCUAUUAUACUAUCAAAAUGCCAAGUUUGUCGGUAAGUGUUUAUGAAGGGUACAGUCAAAAGAGAGCUGAGUAUAAUUUUUGUUCAUCAUACCAAUCAUGUUUCAUUCAAUGUGUUUUUGACCAAUGUUAAGCAUCCAUGUGAUGCAUGACGUCUGAUCUAUGGAUUGAGAAGUUGUAGUUUGAGUCCUAGCUAGGGUGCUUGUGGUCUGUUCUAAGGCAAAACAUCCUACUCUCACAGUACCUCCCUCCACCCAAUGGAUUAUUGACCAAAUGUGCAGUCAAGAUGGCUGGAUAUUGGCCAAGCUGUUUCUUUUUUUGUGGAGGUCCAUAAACUCCAGAAAAGAACAAGGCCAAUAUCAAGACAUUUUUACCAAGUGCUUAGCUUGGUCAAUAAAGGAUUUAUGAUAUGGCAUUUGGGGAAAUUUUUCUUGCGGGACAUAGUGGGUCUCAGUCCUGAGCGGGCAAGACAGAUCCCUCUUGCCCACUCAGGUAACCAAUCACAGUGCAGGAUUUGGUUCAUCUUGCCCGCUCAUGGAGCUAGACAUAUAAUACAAAUUGGUACUGGUGAAUUGUUGGGGCAACCUAAAGGAAUGCUGUGGAGGAACCUGUGAUGGACUAAGAUCCCAUCCAGGUGGAGUAACAAUACCUCUAAGCUCCUUCUUCAUGUUAUGUGAGCUGGAGGUUAGGGCUGACCUUUUUUGUCAUAGAGGCUAAGACAAUUUCUCAUUAUUUUAGGUAGAUUUCUUUUUUUUCAUUUGUUAACAGGUAUAGGAAAGUUCCUGAUGUGAUAUUUGCUACAAUUGAACCUCCUGUUGAAUCACCCAUUGUUGGUAGAGGCUGUCUUCUUCAGGCUCGGUAUUCAGUAUGAAUUUCUUAAGUUAUGCACCUCAUGGAGGCUUCCUUAUCUCUGAACUACAGUGUUAGUUAUUCCCAGCCAGGAGUCUGAAAAUACUACAAGAAUUUAGUGACUGAAUACCAAACCUAUCAUGUCAUGUGAUGGAGCAAUCUCUCCAUCAUGCAUAUAUGAAGUGGCAUCAUCAACGUUGUUACAGUUGCUGUUAGUGUUAAAAUAUAAACUACUUUGGACUAAGAACUCUAGGUUGGGUAGUGAUAACACUUGUAACUAACAUGACAUGUCUAUAACUCUGCAACAUUUGAGGUAUGUAACCAAUGUGUUUUAUCACAGGGUUUGUAGAACCAAAAAGAAGGAGAAAGGUGAAGCAAAUGCUGAUAUUGUUAGUUCUGUAAGUACAUGUACUGACAGAUAGUGAGCUGGUUAUUGAACAUUCUUUGAUUUCUGUUUGAAUGUUCUUUGAAAGAUGAGAUUCAAGAAUGUAAUUAUAAUGAUUUAAUCUUGAUUUGGUUUUGUCAGUUGUGAACAUGACAAUCUCCAUUUCACACCUUAAAUCCCUUAGCACCAAGCUAAUUCACUGCGACAUAUAUUAUUAAUAAAACUUACAUUCACCUAAGAAAUAAAAUAACAUUUAAAAAGAUAUCCUUUUAGAGCUGGCUUAAAAGCACUGCCAUUGGGGCCACACCUAAUAUAGUUAGGAAGGCAGUUCCAUAACUUUGGGGCACAUACAGAAAAUGCUCGGUAUCCAUGUAAGUUUUUAGAUUCGAUGGAGGAACUUCAAGCAGAAAUUUUGAUGAAGACCAUAAUAACCUAUUUGGGGUGUAUAAGUUCAGAAGAUUACCAAUGUAACCUUUAAAAGUUAUUAAGAGUAAUUUAAAAGUAAUAAGAUGUUCAACGGGUAGCCAAUGAAGCUCCCUGAAUAAUGGCAUGAUAUGGUCAUACUUGCAGCCACCCACAAUUAAGUGAGCUGCAUAAUUCUGUACAAGCUGCAACUUAUGUAAAAGGCUACAAGGAAGGCCAUUUAGCAAUGAAUUACAAUUGUCUAGUCUUGAAGUAACAAAGGCAUUAACUAAAAUCUUCAUGACGAAAUACAAGGUGUUUGUAUUUCCUACUACCUAUUUUGUGAAUUUCAUUUUGGCCCACUUUUUACCCCUCUCCAGAUCUUACCAUUUCUAGAAUACGAACUGCACCAACAGCUGUUAAACAAGUUAAAGGUAAGUUCUGCACAUUCAGUUAUAGCACCCCGCUAUAACGAUCCCCGCUACAACGAAGAACACGUUAUAGCGAACAACAUUUGAAAGCCUGGCAGAAUUACAACAAAAUAUGUGGAAGCAAACUCGGCUGUAACGAACCCCGCUAUAACGAAAUCCCCGCUAUAACAAAAAGAUUUUGACGGUCCCAACGCACAAUUUACCCUGCUAUAAAGAAUAUUUUGUAUUGUCACAGUCAGUAAAAACAACAUGAUGGUACAAGUGGUUGACAAGCCAAACACGACUGCUAGUGGUCAAGAUAGGGAAAUUUGGACCUUCAAAGCUUUGCUUAGCUGUUUACUCACAAGUCUGUAGACUGUUUUGCGUGGUGUAAAUCCCAUUAUUCAGCUUGGCUCAGCUUGGUUACCCCGCUAUAACGAAUAUUUUUGUUGUUAACCAGUUAAUUUGUCAUUAUAACAGGGUCUUUGCUAUAACGAAGACCCCACUAUAAUGAGCAUUUUUUUGGUACCAUGACACUUCGUUAUAGCGGGUGCCACUGUAGUAGGCUGGACUAGUCUAUGAGAAAAGGGUGUGGUUUUUAAGAUCUAUGUCCAUCCUCACUACUACAUGUAGUUAAGUUUAAUGACCCUUUAUCAUCCCCUCUAACCCUUGUGCUGGUUAACUAAAAUUAAUGAAUAUCCUCUACAACCCUAUCUGCUGCUGUCAGAUAAAUACUGAUUACGGAAAUCACGAAGACUAAAUUUCUGCUUGGCCGACAUACAGCUGCUAUGAUGUUUUCCAUUACGGUCAAGUGUUGACAUACUGCUUUAUUUCUUGUUUCCCAAUUUGAAGUGUAUCUAAGUUUUGAUUCUGGUGGGCAAGCUUCUUAAGAUUUUUUUGUCUGGCAGGUGAAGGGCAUGAAUGCACUCUUUGGACUUCACCUUCAAAUAUCAGUAGGAGAAAGCCUUAUUGUUGGAACUGCAGUAAGCUGUUUUGGAUUUUUUCAUUAUGAUAAUAUAGAUUGUAGAUUUGCCAUUGUUCUAACUUCUAGUUAGAAAUAAUGCAGAUGUAAGCAAGUAGCAGCUAGAAAAUACAUGUGUGUCUCCUUGCACUUCUUGAUAGAGGAGAUAGAUGAGCCACCAUCAUCCUUAUUGCACUGGUACUGUGGUUUUGUGGGCUAUAAUUGCUGUUCUGUUGGCUACUUUUUGUAAUGAAGUACAUAUCUUUUUUGCAGUCAUCCACAGCAGUUUUCUUGGCUGCUUUGCCCGCACCACCAUUACUGAAGAUCACUGGACGGGUAAGUCACGAGCAAUAAUUGAUAAUCGGUAAUUUUAAACUUGUUUUCAAUUUCUAAUAUGGUUGCAAAACAGAUUCUGUAUGUUUUAAACAUGUAAGCGGACCAUCACUAACCCCAAGUUUUAUUUCCUACUUUAUUCCCUCUAUAACUCAAGUGUUACAGCACUGUUAACACUCAUGGGGCACAGCAGCAUAGAGAAGACAGGAUUUACAUAGCCAUGCUUUUUUCUCUUAACAGCGUAACCUGUCUGCCGAAGAAGAUAAGCGACUUGCUGAGAUCCAGAAACAAAUUUUGGAAACAACUAACAAGAAUAGAGCCAGCUUCAGACUUAAAGAUACUGUCCAUAUAGUAAGAACCUACUUUUAGUAUUACAGUAUAAUUUUAAUUUUUUUUCAAUGGUUGUGUUCAGUUGGCAUGGUCACAUCACAACUAGGAUCCAAAUAUGUUUGCUUAUUGAGAAAUUGUGCUUGGUUAGCUUUCUGGCGAGAAAUACAUUCACAAUAAACAUGCUAUUAAUAAUUUAUCAAAGCAGAGAUAAACUUUUUGGCCAGUGAGGUACAAAACCCAUGAUGGUGCCGUUUGGCCUAUACAAUGCUCCAUGCACUUUCUAAAGGUUAGAGUCAAGUUGUAUGCAUUUUGUUUAAGGUGUGCUAUUUUGUUACACAAAAACACUCUUUCUAAGAUUUAAAGUUCAAGUGUACAUUUCUAUUUGUAGCAGACUCCUAAGGGAACACCACCACAAGUCCAUCACAGAAGGUUCAAGCAGUGACUAUGGCUGAUUUAGAACAAGAUGAAGGACCUAAGGCAGACCUUGAUUUGUGUACAGGGCCAAAAGAUGCAUAUGUUGUGGAGGUCUUUUGAUACUUACUAUUUAUUAUGUUGUGUUGUACUGAGCAUUAUUGCUAUGUGUACUGUUUACUCUCAAUAUUUUACUACUUUGCAGGUUUAGAACAUGAACUAGGGUACACUUGGGAGAGAAAGGUGUAAUAGAGCUAAUUUUAUGGACUUGUUGGCACUUGGGGUUACGAAUAGUCUGCUAAUACAAAGCACUGCUACUAGAGAAUAAUAUACAAUGUACAUGGCAAAGUGUUACUGUGGCCAGAAAUUCAUGGGAAAGAGUGUGUCAUUGUGCUUGCUUAAAGCAAAGUCCAUCAUUCUUUGAAGCAGCUUUAUUAUAACACAAGAUAUGUUGCUUGCUGAUUCCAUAGAACUGAAGGCAAAUAAAUAUUGCGUUUAGGUUGAUGACAAAAAAGAUGAAGAUGUGGUAGCUGUUCUGCUUGAUGAACCAGCUCCUGAAGGUCAGAGAGGAAUUGUUUUUAGGCGUAGUGCUAAUUACAAGCCAACAGCACACACUGUGAUAUGAAAUGGCCAUUAGUUUUCUUUACUUACUUCUUGGAUAUUUUUUCUAUUUUUCAUGCACAUAAACCAGCAGAUAUCUAUACAGCAUUUCAGUGAAACUCUUAAGGCACAAAGUAUUUGGAAAUUUAGAUGUUGACUAGAAAAGAUCAUUCCUCACCAUUGAGGUUUAUUAUCAUAUAAAUGUUGUAAUAACAUUUGUUUAUUAUCUACCUACAAAGGUUUUUAUUCCUGUAACACGGAGACACUUCCUGGUGUGAUCAAUCUUAAAUCAGGAGUGAAGGUAUAUGUGAAAUGUAUUUCUUCCCAGAGAGAAGCAAAUCUUCUUAACAUUGUGAAUGUUCAGUAACUGAUCUCAGAUGAUGUCAAAAUGUGUUAAGGACAUUAAGGUGGCACAUGAGGCGAUACAUGAGUGUGUCAUGGAUGUUCUUACUAGAUUUGACUUCUUCUGUUACCAGUUAUGGAACAUAUGAACAGCAACAUUGAAUCUGCUUGUUUUAUAAAAUAACAAAGCAAAAAAUGUUUAUGACAUCAUUUAUGCAUCUCCCCUCCAGUUGACACUAAGUACGAACCAAUCAAGAUUUGAGAAUAGUUUGAUGUAUUAUAGUGUAAUUGCAGAUUAAUGUCAAAUUUCUUUUAGAUGAUAACAGCAGUUCAGAGAAAAACACUAAGUGAUGAAGACAUACGGACAAAUCAGCAGUUCGCUAAGCUGUUUGAAGACACAGUCAAAGUAAGGUGUUUUAAUGCAUGAAUCUUUCUACAUCUGAAUAUCGUCCUGAAAUGCUUGUAGUUUCAUCAUCGCACUUGGUGAAGUGUUUGUCCAUCUUUCAUAUCAUCGAAAGUGUCUCCCCUCCCAUUACACCUGAGAACCAUUUACCUGUCUUUGUAUCAAACCCAAGGAAGUAUGAUAAUUUGCAUCCAAUGAGUUGUCAAUCCAUCUGUCGCACCUGGAGAAGUGUCUGGCCACUUGUUCCACAGGGGUGUCUGUCCUUCAAAGUUACACCCAAAAAAUGUCUUCCCAAAUAAUAUACCCAGAAAAUCUCUACUUCUUCACACCUGCUGACUGUCUGCUACUUUGUUACUCCUAAGAAAGUGUCUGCAUCUAUUAUACUCAAGGGAGUGUCUGUCCAUCAGCUACAUCUAAUGGAGUGCCUAGAUUUCUUAAUAUGUGAUGAAGUGUCUGUCACCCUUCAGAAUGUGUUUUCCACUCUGUUACACUCAAGGAAUUUUCUCAGUCACUCCACACAUAGUAUAAGCAUUUCUAGUUUGUCACACUUAGAGAUAACCUCUCCAUCUGCUGCAAGCAAGGUAACUUUUUACCUCUGAGUGGGCAUGUCUAUUCAUCCUUUGUAUCCGAGUGACUGAAGGGGUGUUCAUUUGUUUGCUUUUGUUGUUUUUCGAAAGAGUGUUUGUUGCAGAAAUUAGUUUGAUUAUCCAGCCCAGAGACAUGUUUGUAUUGAGUACCCUUAACUAGUCUUUCAAGUUUUUUGAAUUCACGUUUUCCUGAAAGUUAGUACAAGUUACAGUGGAACCCAGCUAUAACGAAGUGUCACGGUACCGAAAAAUAUGUUCGUUAUAGCGAGGUCUUCGUUGUAGCGAAGACCCCGUUAUAACGAAUUAUCUGGUUAACAACAAAAAUAUUCGUUAUAGCGGGGUAACCAAGUUGAACCAAGCUGAACAACGGGAUAUACACCACGCAAAACAGUCUACAGACUUGCGCGUGAACAGCUACAUUUAAAUAAAGCAAAGCUUUGAAGGUCAAAAUUUCCCUAUCUUGACCAAUAGGAGUCGUGUUUGGCUUAUCAACCAUUUGUAUCAUCAUGUCGUUUUUACUGACUGCGAGUGACAGGACAAAAUAUUCGUUAUAGCAGGGUAAAUUGUGCGUUGGGACCGUCAAAAUCAAUUCGUUAUAGCGGGGAUUUCGUUAUGGCAGGGUUCGUUAUAGCGGGGUUUGUUUCCAUAUAUUUUACUGUAAUUCUGCCGGGCUUUCGAAUGUUGUUCGUUAUAACGGGGUCUUCGUUAUAGCGGGGUCCCACUCUAGUACAUCAAACAGGCAGUUGAAAGACAUUUCUCCUGAUGAUGGCGCUGCAUGUGUUUGGUGUUUCACAUUUUACUGAAAAGGUUAUUGUUUUGUUGACAUUUCAGAGCUUCUGGUUCAAGCUUCGCAGCAAGUCCCCCUGUUGCCUUUCAAAUAUUCACUUUGAUAUUGAAAUUCCAGAAGAUGACAAUAUUCAGGUAAAUUAAGUUUUCACCGGUUUUGAUUAUUUUUUGAGUGGACAAUAUUGGAAACAUUUAUGACAUUACUUUUUCUUUGGCAAUCAUUCCUUAGGUCGCUGUGACAGGUGUGGCACUUUGUAUAGAGGAAAGACAAGGAGAAGAGGGAAGUUUUCUCAAGAACAAAAGAAAUCUUUGUGAGAGAUGUAAGUUAAAGUAGGCUGCCUGGCAGCCCUUUUCAACUGCUCUGGAACAGCCUGUCCUCUUUUACAACAGUCAGGGGCUUUAAUAUGACAGUUUGUCCUCCUGAGAAAACUCAUUUGUAAGAAUCUAGUGCGAGAUAAAAAGCAAGUGAUCACUAGCUAAUGACCCUAACAAGAACAACAUUGAAAAGACAAUAGGGGUAGAGUCAUGGAAAGUGAAAUCUUGACAUGUUCGCUAUGAUAAGGUUUCGCUGUGUCAGAAUCCUUUUACAUAUAUUUUACUAUUACUGGAAAAAAUAUCGCUUGUUGUACUGAGGACUUUGUUAUGCAGAAGUUCCUUAAAUCGAGGUUUCACUGUAUUGCUCAAGAAGCAAUUUUAUAUCGCAGUGGACACUUUUACAGAGACUGUCUCGACUAUGAUAAAAAUUGACUGUAUGUUGUAACGUAUUAUACUAAGAUGAAGCGAAAUAACGUGCCUUUCUGUUUUAAAACUUCAUACCAGUUGUAGUUAUACAAUGCUCUCUCGUGGUAUACCAUGGAAUAUCCCACAAGUCUUGAGGGAUAUUUAUGAUAUACCACGAGAGAACGUUGUAUAUUUAUUAUAUAACACUUUUUCCUUCCCCUUCCCCUCCCCCCUUGUCCUUUUUUUUUCCACUUAACGCCUACUCCCUCGGGAAAUAUUUCCUUGCCCCAAUCCUUGACAGUUACCAAAUCCAAAAUGGCGGCCUAAUACGAAAAUGUGCACUCGCGCGUCCAAACACGCCUGCACUGCAGGCUACCCAUGAUGUUAAGGUUGGGUGUAAUACCGUGAAAUACACAACAGCUUUUCUGUACUCUGAUUGGCUGUAUUGUUUGUGGCAAUGUAUAAAUGUAUUUAGUGAAUACGUGUAAUCUUCAUGAUUUUUCAGCUUAUUCUCGUGUAUCACAUAACUCUGAGAAUGGUGUGGAGUCUGAUGACCUACUUUUUCCCAUUGAAGAGGUUGUGGAUAAUACCUCGGUGGAAAACAUCAACUCCGAAUCAGGUAACAUGACAAGUCAUGCUAUUUAUGAACACCUUUGUACACACCUAAAGUACAUUCUUGUAACAUGGUUUAACUGUAUAUGGAAAAAAAAUAGAUGGACAGAAGAUGGAAUCAAAAUUAACUUUCAGUUUAAAGAAAGGAAUGUUAAUCAGUUAUUCAGUGCAGCACCCUCAUCUGAGAUGAUAUCAUGAUACCUAUAAAGCCUUUAGAAAGUUGUAUUGAACAAUAUGGCAUUAUGGAUGGUUCACCAGAACCAAUUGGUGUGUAGGGCUGUCAUUAAAGGGGUUCCGUCACGAUAUUUUGAGUUAUUUUGACCAUCGACAAAAUUACCUUCACAACACCUGCUAUGGCAGAUUAUGUUUGGUGGGCCCUUUAUGUUAGGGGUGAACUUGCCUGAAGUUGAGAAAAGUGCUUAACAAAAAGUAACGCGUUUGUUACGGCUGUGAAGAUCAAGGCUCCAGUUGACUCAAAACGUAAUGACAGCCCAGGUGUGUUCCAAUGGGAGAUUUGACUACGAAAACUGUAAAAGGCGUUUUAAAGUACUUGGCUUUUCUUUGAAUGAGUGCUGAGUAUGAGCCGAUCUUUUUUGCAGAAUCAAGACCUAAGAGAUGCCUUGAACAUCCACUGUCUGUAAGAACAAGGGUAAUGCCAAAUGACUCAUAUGUAAAGUGAGGUUCUUGCCCUUCUAGUCCCAAAGAUCUAAUGAUGAGAGUAUUAAUUCCCCUUAGUGACUGCUGUUGAUCUCGUUUGUCAGUUAUGAAAAUUUGACGGUACAUCAAAGCAGUGUCCCGCCAUAGUUGACGAUCUUGAUUUUUCUCAUUACCUUACUGUUUAGCAGUGUAUUGAUACUGCAAAGAAAAAUAAGGUGUGGAUCAAUCUUGCGGAGUCAAGCGUUAAUUAAUUCAGUUAUCGGAUGGUUGUUUUGUUUUCCAUUAAGGUUCCAUAUCGCCCUGCUGUUGAGGUGACAUCAAUGUCGUACUUACCAAAUACACAGAUUGAAAGUUACCUAGGCAACAUCAACUUGUUUUUAAUACGGGAAAGUCACACAGUUCGUGAGGUAUGGAAAGCUAGUACAUAAUUUCUUACUUUAGUUGUUUCUCUUUUUUGAUGGGGUCGUUAAGUGCGCUGUUUCUUUUUUUCGUAGAAUGGUGGUUUAAAUGUAUUUAUGCAAGCAUUUUUGGCUGAAGCUCAAGCAGUCCUUAGAGCUCAUGUGCUAGCUAUUGGAGGAAAUGCCUUGGUCUCUUACCAGUUAAAUGAGAUUGUUCUGCUUGAUAAUCCUCAUAAACACCAGGUACGUCAUAUUCAGUCAGUCCUUAUUCACAUAAACGCACUCAGAAAUGAGGAAUUUACUUACUCAAACCUAAUCCAAAGCAGAUUGCAUCCACGCUACCUUUUGUGUCGCGUUUUUCCUUGUGUAGGUUAAACCUUCUUAAAAAUGCUGGUGCACUAAGAGAAAACAACACAACCAUCACUUACGCAUGCGCAUUUUAUGUGAGUGAUGUCAGCAUUCCGAAACCGGUAACCGGUCGUUUCGCCAACGUGUCAGUUCGCCAACGUAUGAAGUCGUUUCGCCAACGUCUAAAUUUUUCGGCUUCGAGUACUCAUCGAUUACUCAUUGAUCAUCGCCAAUUCCGAUACCGUUUUCGCUGGACCCGCUUCAGUUUCUUAUCCGAGACAAGCCUGAUGGUUACGGCUGUAAGUCUGGCCUCUCUGUCCAGUAGUACGAACGGCCUUUAAUCCAUUUAACGGACUUUGCUGCUAAGUGCGGGAAACAAGUGAACGCUUCUAAGCGCGUCAUCAAACAAACAUAUUUCAACUCAAUGGCUCUUUAACUACGCGAAUUACCAACUACGCAAAUGUUUAAUAAAAAGGUAUUACAGCCGGUUCAUACUCAACAAAUACAAUCCGUGGAUUGUUUAGAAGGCUUUGAAAUACAGCCUCGACCAGCGUAUCAAAAUGGCGUGGGAGAGAGAGAGAUUGGGGCGAGUGAAACAGACAUUAACAAGCCAAAACGAACCAUUCGUCUUGGAUAUCUUCUUUUGGUAAGUUGUAAAUAUAUUUCAGAUCUAUUUCACAGAGUAUUUUGGACGUUGGCAAAACGACUUAUAAGCGUUGGCGAACUGACAUUAGACGUUGGCGAAACGACUUCAUACGUUGGCGAACUGGUCGUUGGCGAAACGACCGGUAUUCCCGAAACCUCCAUUUUCACUGUCCACGCUUAUCAAAUGUCUCAAUUCUGCACAACGUUUUUGAAUGAAUUAAUUUUUUUACGAUGUUAUAGAAUGGGCUGUACACAAAAAUGCAUCUAAAAGUGUCUUUUCAAACCAAAACGCUUCUGUUCAAAUUAGGUAUCAAGUCACUAAAUAUUGAUGUUAUGGUUGAAAUUAUAAGCUCUUAGCUCAGGCCAUUUUUGCAAAUUAACCUUGAACUGUUUGUAUUCCUAGGGUCAGUGUCUGCUUAAUAUCAGUGGUGAUGCUGUCAAAGUAUUUUACGAAGAUGAUGAUAAUUCCGAGAGUUCAGGUCGAGGUUCACCGCGAAAAAGAACUAUUUCUUACUCAGAAGCAAAUGCUCAAACACCAAUCCAACUGACAAGACAGAGAUCUCUCUCCAGUUCAGAGACCUCUUCCCACACAAUGACAGGAUAUGAUCCUUUCUUUGGGACAGAAAUCUAAAGAAUAGAGCAAAUUGUCUGCCCCAGUGGGGGGACUUCGAUAGGUAUCUCUUACGGUGUUCACACUCAGAAGGUCCACAGAGGGAGCUUUUGUGACACAUUUUACGCUGUUAUACCUAAAACAACAUUGACGAGAGAUAAUGCGUUGUUUAGAAUCGGUACCGCUUAGAGGUCAAAACAAUUUCAAGCCACACCCACAAAACAGGGUCUGGGUACCUCUUAGGAGUUUUUUUGAAAAUUUUCUGACAAGCACCCUCUUCUUUUUACUUUGUGGAGUAACCCCCCCCCCCCCCGGUGGGGAGGGGCUACUGUACGAAGAAAUACAUUGCAAGAAAAGGAC